UUAUUUUAAUUGAAGAAGAAGGAAAAGGAGCUUCCCCAGCGGCUGGAAGGAGACAAAGUUGUUUCAGGCGGCAGCGGCGAGGCUGGUGGCAACAACUUUUAUCCCCGCCAAGGGGACAGACAGACAGACAGGGGUGAACAGUAUUUCAUUCUGCUGACCUCUGUAUGUGGACCGCCCUCUGUCCUGUUCAGCCCAUUUAGAUUUUGACUUAUACGUAGGCUCUUGGUCCGGUGUAAAGCUGAUGGGUGGGAGCAAAGGUAAAGAAUGAUGUAAUGCAGCAGCCACCAGAAAGCAUCUUUUGUUUGAGUUGUAAAAUGGCUACUCCAUAGUCAUCUCCCGAUGAAUCAGAUGUGAGGGGCUGCUUUGUGGAAUGCAGCCUUUGUAACGGCACAUCAACUGGAAGCAGGAGGAGACAUUCAGUUGAAGAGCUCUUUCUGAAAAUGGGUUUAACUUUUCUUUUGCCAGUCACUACCAGCAUGACCUCAUACACUUCUAGUACAAUGGUGUGGCUAAGCCUUUGAGUACACAGCCAUUACAUCAUCGCAGCAAAUUAGAGAGGGAGGUGGUGAAAGAGGCCUUAUUGUUGUCAUGGCUGAUGAGAUGAUCAGGACUCAACUCAUUGUCACCGAGAAGUUGGUGGCUUUGCUGGAGGGUGGUACAGAAAAAAUGCUGCUGAUUGAUAGCCGCCCCUUUGUGGAAUACAAUACGUCCCACAUCUUGGAUGCCAUCAACAUCAACUGCUCCAAGCUUAUGAAGCGGAGGCUGCAGCAGGACAAAGUUUUGAUUACAGAGCUCAUUCAGCAUUCAGCAAAACACAAGAUUGAAACUGAUUGCAAGCAGGAAGUGGUGGUGUAUGACCAAAGCUCUAAAGAUGUGACCUCUCUCUCAUCUGACUGCUUUCUUAGUGUGCUCCUGGGCAAACUGGAGAAGAAUUUCAGCUCUGUGUAUCUGCUUUCAGGUGGAUUUGCUGAGUUCUCCAGCUCUUUUCCUGGUCUCUGUGAAGGAAAAUCCACGCUCAUCCCCACUUGCAUUUCUCAACCCUGCCUACCUGUCUCCAACAAUGGCCCAACCAGAAUCCUGCCUCAUCUCUAUCUUGGGUGUCAGCGAGAUGUUCUCAACAAGGAGCUGAUGCAGCAGAAUGAUAUUUGCUACGUACUGAACGCCAGCAAUACUUGUCCAAAGCCUGAUUUUAUUCCAGAAUCCCAUUUCCUGAGAGUGCCUGUGAAUGACAGCUUUUGUGAGAAAAUUUUGCCUUGGUUGGAUAAAUCGGUCGAUUUUAUAGAAAAAGCAAAAGCAUCAAAUGGUCGUGUGUUAGUGCACUGUUUAGCUGGAAUCUCUCGCUCUGCUACAAUCGCUAUUGCAUAUAUCAUGACGAGAAUGGAUAUGUCCUUAGAUGAAGCUUACAGGUUUGUGAAAGAAAAAAGGCCGACCAUUUCUCCCAACUUCAACUUCCUGGGCCAGCUUUUGGACUUUGAGAAGAAGAUCAAGAACCAGAGCGGUCAGCCUGCCCAUAUCAGUAAGAGGAAACUUCUGCACCUGGAAAAGAGCAGUGAGCAUGUGCUGGUCCCAGAAGGGGGGCAGAGCAGCCUCUCCACCAGCCAGCUCUGCAUUACUGCUACCUCUGAGAUUGUGGAACAGAAGCCCAUGGACUGCAGCAGCCACUUGUCCCCUCUGGAGGACAGCCCACUGGUCCAGGGCAUAAACGGAUUGCACGUCUCCCUGGAUAAGGUGGAAGACAGCAACCGGCUGAAGCGCUCCUUUUCCUUGGAUAUCAAAUCUGUAUCCUACUCGGCAAGUAGCAGCUGUGUGACUGCAUCGGUUCAGGGCUUUGCUUCCUCUGAAGACACGCUGGAAUACUACAAACACACGACUGCGUUAGAGGGCAGCAGCAAGUUGUGUCAGUUCUCCCCUGUCCAGGAGGUCUCGGAGCAGAGCCCAGAAACCAGCCCUGACAAAGAGGAAGCAAACCCUCCCAAGAAACCCCAGGCCUCCUGGCAGCUGGACAGCCAGAGCAAGCGGCAGCACUUGGGGAGAGCCAGUGGCAGUGCCACCAGCCAGCGCUCGCUCCUGUACCCCCUCCACCGGAGCGGCAGCAUGGAAGACAACUACCGAACGAACUUCUUGUUUGGUCUCUCCACCAGCCAGCAGCAUUUGGCCAAGUCUGCUGCGGGGCUGGGCCUCAAAGGCUGGCACUCGGACAUACUGGCUCCUCAGACAUCGGCUACAUCCCUUACCAACAGCUGGUAUUUUGCAGCCGAGUCCUCGCAUUUCUACUCUGCCUCUGCCAUCUAUGGGAACAGCGCUGCUUACUCUACCUACAGCUGUAGUCAGCUGCCCACGGGCUGUGACCAAGCCUGUGCUGUGCGCAGGAGGGCAAAGCAGGGUGAUCGCGGUGACUCCAGGCGGAGCUGGCAUGAGGAAAGCUCUUUUGAGAAGCAGUUUAAGCGCAGAAGCUGCCAGAUGGAGUUUGGGGAGAGCAUCAUGUCAGACAACAGGUCCAGAGAAGAACUGGGCAAAGUAGGCAGUCAGUCGAGCUUCUCGGGCAGCAUGGAGAUCAUUGAAGUGUCUUGAGGGCAGCAGGCUCGUGUGCCUGUGUUGGAGUUGCUUCCCCCUCCAGGCUGCUCCCCCAGCGUUUGAGUGGUCCCUGUAAAUCUGACAAGAACAAACUGUGCAGAAAGCAGGUGGGGAGGGAAGAAACGCGAGUGAAUGCUCCAGUGUGAACACAGGGACUAGAUGAGUACAGCAAGGAAACUACAAGUUUGCCCGAGGAGACCAAGUGUACUGCUGGGUUUUCCUCCUCCUCCUUCCUGGAGAACGUUUCAGAGACCUGUCCCUGACAGAGAAAGCAAUGAUAUGCAAUGGAUUGCACAUCCUUUCAGUGGCCUUUAAAAAGGAAGCUCUCGGUCUCAAACCCUUUCUCUGGUCCCACUGAAACACGCUCCACCCCAUCAGAGCUAGUUCUGUUCUCCUCUCCUCACGCCCCAUGUCCUCACCAGUGCACCUUAGCCCUGACACUGAGCCAACCUCUGGAGGGAGACCUUUUUCCUGUAAGAAAGGAGGAUGGGAGCGAUUCCAAAGGACUUAGGGACUGGUUACAGCACGGCUCGUCUGGACACACGGUUCAGACCAUUGUAAAUACUGGUGUAACUAUUGUUCUAAUGGAUAGGCUUUAGGUGAUUUGCUAGAGAGCUGCUUCAGAGAAAAACAAACCCAGUACCUCAAACAUUCAUAUAAACUAGGGCUUUAUGGCUGCCAGAUGCUGGUGGUCAGUUCAUAAGCAAUGUGAACAAGUACUGACUGGCCACAUUUGAUUUUCUUUUCUCUUUUGUCUCCAAAAGCUGUCUACGCACAAGUGUUUCAUUUGGUUCAGCACAAUGCCUAAAAUCAGUGAUUGAACCAUCCUUGCCUAUGACUGUUUCCCCCAGUCUUUUGAAACAUAAAACAGUAUUUGUAUUUUUGAUAUUAAGCUGGCUUCUGGGAGAGGGGCAGCUGCUUUGGCUUCCGAGUUGUAAUGGAGUGGUUAAUGCUUAGGGUUAUGCACAAGAGAAGUAGCCGGUACAAUACCGCAACAUCCCUUUCUUGCUCGCUGGUGGUUGGUUUUUCCCAUCCUAACAUGGAUGGGAACUUGGAGAUAGAAGCUUCUCUUCAGUUGUGCUGACUUCCUCUGAGAAACCUGGCUGCCUGUCCAAGGGAAACAGAACGGGGCUUCCAGUAUCCCAUCUCUUAGUGUGGAGUAGAGAGGGGGUUUGGGAGGAGACAGCUUCAGUGGGAUGUCUGCUUACCUCCCGCACUAGCAGCUGCAAGGAACUCAAUUCUGGCUAUUGUCCUCCAUCCCAGUGCAGGGUCUUGGUUUCCCACUGCACUGCUGCUGGCUGGUACCACGUCCUCACCUCCCAAGGAAACACGUAGCUCAUGUGAGAUAAGGCGCAGGCCUUCUUGUGUUGCUUCUGAUAGCAAAUCAGCUGCCUCCCUCCUGCUCACCCUUCAUACAGUGCCAUGGCUCAAGCUGAUGUACAGUCAGCAAUGGGUGAUACCAGAAGCACAGCAUAAAGCUUCAUCCUUCCUGCUCCGAUGGGAGCUGCACAUGAGUUAUCUUACCCCUCAGAACAUGUGUUUCGGGGGGAACGAUAUUGUUUUGUCCCAUUUCAGUGCAGGCAGCUGAAAAUUGUAAUUCACGUGUAAUAAAUAUUUACCCCUGGCCAACAGCUUUAGAAAGAAAUUUUCAGCAGCAAACUGAAGCCCUAAUUCACGUCAGCAGCUUGGGUUAUGUUUGGUUUUUUACUGUAAGUUUAGCUAGUUUGUGACUCAAAUCUCAGGUUUUACUCUAUUGAAAAGUGCAGAUUUUGUCAUUGUUUUGUUUUGUGGCUAGGAUGUGACUUUAAUUUCCUACAGAGGACUGUUGAAAAUAGCACUGAAAGCUACAGCCUUAAGUAACAUGAUCCUAAAAAGUGCAAAAGGCACAGAGAGGCAGCACCAGGAGUAACGGAACCCAGAGGCUGUGUUCAAGCCGGGUGUAUGACAUGCUGGAAGAAGGGGUAGUCCAGGCAAGGUGCAGGUUGAUACCACACUGGAAAGCAUGUCAGGUUGUGGUUAUUCAUUAAACAUACUGCCACUUGACUCUGUUUAUGUAUCAAGUGAAAGCAAUUACAUUACAACCAUUUGCAGCAUAUACACGCACUCAGUGUGUAUAUACAUACCUAUGUAAACAGUUUAGCAGUGCUCCUCUCAGCCAGAUUUCAGUGAAAGCCUGUGUCUUUGAUUUAAAUCAGUUAAUGGGGAGCUAACACAAAUCAAUCCCUAGAGGCAGAAACAGAACCUUCCUGUCCUUUGUGCUCAUUCACACACAUGUGUUCUCCCCUUCUCUCUGAACAGAUACGUAUGGUUGGGUUUUGUUUGGUUAAUCACCUCCUGAGGAACCAAAAUCUGGUCAUGUGGCUCCUCGUGAUUUCCAACAGGCUACAGUCACCGAAUGAAUCAAAGCUGUAGGCUCAGUAUUGUUAGGGGAGCGGUUCCUGUAGGAGGAAGCCUUAACCCCAUGUCCUGCCCAGGGUGGUGCCCUGUCUCCUGUCUGAACUCGUGUCCUGUACCUGAACAAUGCUGGAAAUGGUUUGUAGAAGUUUGGAAGGUGAAGUGGAGGAUGUGAGGGGGAAAUGUGUACAUGUUCAAUAUGAAUAUAAUGUUCUUUGGUGUAUGGCAGGCUGUUUAAAUGGUUCAGAGCAAUGUGAGUUUCUCAUCUUGUUGUGUCAUGCGCAUUACCUGUAUGUUAUGAUGAAAUAAAAUCAGAAAUGGUACCUGUUUAUACAGAA